UAAUAUGCUGAAGAAUAAAAAAUGCAACAAUGGAAGCUCCAGGAUAAGUUCCAAAACUCCGCUGACCGUCGUCGUAAUGGACGAUAAUACCCUGUUCAACACAGCUUCUCCGAAAGCGAGACAGGCAAUUUUGCCAAUUUUUACUGGAUCAAACCGACCACUGGGUUGCCUGUCCCUGAGCUGUCUUCCCAUGGCACUCUCUCCUUCUCCGAAAUCCCAAAACCCCUAUUUAAUCCCCGUCCCCUUUCUCAUCCCCAAAAACCCCCCCAACUCUCUCUCUCCAACUACACAUCUCUCUCUCUCUCCAAAUCUUACUUUCUCGCUCCUUUUGUUUCUCACAACUCCCGAAGCAGCAUACACGAACCACAACUAAUUUUGAAAAUCAAUCUCACCCACCGUUCAUUGACGUAUCUUGCUCACUUUUUUUUUUUUUUUAUAACUCAGAUGUCCAGACUAUUUUAUCGACAACCCAAACUAAUCCAAAAAACCAAUUCCUCGCUCUUGUUCAAUGGCGUCCAAUAGUGCCCAACUGAGUUUUGAAGACAUGUUACCCAUAAUGGCAGAGAAAUUGGGCGGGGAAGGGCUGAUCGGGGAGCUGUGUAAUGGGUUUGAGCUGCUGGUGGACGGUGAUAAAGGGGCGAUCACGUUCGCCAGCCUGAAGAGAAACGCCGCCGUGUUGGGUUUGCAGGGAUUGAACGACGGUGACCUGAGGAGUAUGUUGAGGGAAGGGGAUUUGGACGGCGAUGGGGCGCUGAAUCAGAUGGAAUUUUGUGUUCUUAUGUUCAGACUGAGUCCUGAGUUGAUGGAACAGUCUGAAGUUUUGUUGGAGGAGGCGCUUGAACAGGAAUUCAAAGGCUUUUAUUAAUUGGAAUUCUAAUCCUAGUUCUUAUAAUUAUUGUCUUAUUUUUUUCUCAUGCUACAAAUAUUGGAUUUGUGACUCUUGUUGACUUGAUUGUUGCACUAAUUAAUGAAAGAAUCAGUUGGACACUUUGUACAUGAUUAUUGUUCU